CGGAAAGAGAAGCGCAAGCGGGCUCAGCUCGGGCGCCGGGCCGGCUCCGCCCUCGGAGCUCCCGGCGCCCGCCCCUCGCCUGGCCCCGCCCUCCCCCACGUGUCUGCCGCCCGGGGGAGGCGCCUGAGCCCGAGCGGGCAGCCAGCAGUUGGCCCCGUCGGCACGGAGGUCUUGUCCGCGGCGCCCUGGAGCGGCCCGGCCUCCCGAUGCUCCAGCGCCGGCUGCCGCGGGCCGGGCUGCGCGCUUAGGGCCCGGCUCCGGCCCUGAGGCGGCCGCGGGGCGGGGCGGAGCGGCCUCGGCCCCGCGGAGACCGAGCGGCUGGGGGGCGAGGCGGCGGCCGCGGGCAGGAGGAUGGGGGCCAACCAGUUGGUGGUGCUCAACGUGUACGACAUGUACUGGAUGAACGAGUACACCUCCUCCAUUGGGAUUGGAGUUUUUCAUUCAGGAAUUGAAGUGUAUGGCAGAGAAUUUGCUUAUGGUGGCCAUCCUUACCCCUUUUCUGGAAUAUUUGAAAUUUCCCCAGGAAAAGCUUCUGAACUAGGAGAGACAUUUAAAUUUAAAGAAUCUGUUGUUUUAGGGAGCACGGACUUCCUAGAAGAUGAGAUAGAAAAAAUUGUAGAAGAACUGGGAAAGGAAUACAAAGGCAAUGCCUAUCACUUAAUGCACAAAAACUGCAAUCACUUUUCUUCAGCUUUAUCGGAGAUUCUUUGUGGGAAAGAGAUUCCUCGCUGGAUCAACCGCCUUGCCUACUUCAGCUCCUGUAUCCCCUUUCUACAGAGUUGCCUCCCGAAGGAGUGGCUCACACCCGCAGCCCUGCAGUCCAGUGUGAGCCAGGAGCUCCAGGGCGAACUGGAGGAGGCCGAGGAUGCUGUCACCUCGGCCGCCGCGGCCGCCGGCUCCCGGCCCGGGCGCCACACCAAACUCUAAAGGCCUCCAAAGCCACACACGCAGCACGGCUCCGGCGGUUGAGUGUCACUAGCGAGAAGUGAGGAGGAAGCGUCCUGUGGCGCGUCCGCACAGCUGGCUCUCCCAUCCCGUCUCACAGCUCAGGAUUCCAUUUGUACAACCAGCCACGCGGCGCAGGGGGAGAACUGCGUGAGCGAGCGCCCUCUGGUUUUUACCCACUUGUAAUGCAGAUUUUCUUCUUCUGUUUUCUACGACUCUGUUAAGUUAUGUUUACAGUAUUUUGUAUCGCUGUUUACAGACCUUGCAUGGACUCCUGCCACCGUAAAAGGAAAAUCUCCAUGUCUUCACUAUCAGGCAGGCAAUCUUUGUACACUUCCGACAAUCGCCAGGCUCUGGCGUCAAUCACAGGCACACACAGAGACCAGCGGUCGUGGGCAUCACCUGCUUGAGAACUGUCUGUCAGGUUUGUGUGCGGUUCUGUUGAGGUUUUGGCACAGGAGGCAGAGCGCGGAGGAGCACACACAGCUGAGGGCGGGGGGCCUGGUCUGCGGAGAGAGAGCCCCUCCGCCUCCCUGCCUCCCUCCCUCCCUCCCUCCAGGCAGCACAGCUCCCCUGGUUCCUCCCAACACCCUCCCCAGCGGAGGCACGGCCUCGCCUCUGUCCGGCUGGCUUUGCUGCCUCUGACUCUGGAACUAAGAUGUUUUUCGUUAAAGUAACUGACAAGUGGUUUUGCACACGUGUUGGGAGCUUCAUUUUUCUUUAACACUGACGGCCUCCCUGCACAGGAGUUUGUGGGCGAGUAGGGACAUCCUAAACGGUAGCCUUCCGAGCAGCAGGACGAGUUGACGUUCAGCUGCGUGUAGCUACCCAGGCUGCCUUUAUACUAGCCCUUGAAAACAGGUUAAAGCAACACACUCCAAAAAGGUGAUUCUUGGAUGUUUCAGGCGUUUUAGUACCACAUCAGGGAGAGUAAGUUGUUAGUUUGUUAUGGGAGUAGUUUCACCUCAUCAUGGAAAGCCUCGUCUCAUUGACCUCUCGUUUGAAGUCACACUUGUGUAUCUUUAAGUUCCUUUUUUCCUGUUCUCUCAAAUGUAUGUCUCUUACGUCACACUCUCUAAGGAUGGAACUGUCACACAGAUAAGUCCUCAUUAGCAAGGAAUCUGUCAGCUCGAGUCUACUCCCAGUUUGGCCCCUGGAUGUAAGAGCCAAGUCAUUACAUGUCACAUUCAAUUUUUCUGCCUUAAGAAUGAAUGUCCUACGUAAGACUGGAUGCCGUAUAUACCGUACCCAAGGCAGUGACUUCCACUUUCGACACGUUGUUAGUUUAAAGUCAUCUCUUAUUUCAGCGUCUAGACUGGAUUGUUAGUGCUACUACUCUUUGUAAAGAUACAUAUCUUUCAGUAAACUACAUUUUUAACUUUUCCAUAA